AUGCCACAGUCCCCUUCUUCACCUCUCAGUCGCUCCUCGUCCUUUGCCCCUGGCCCGCACCGCCGCUCCCAUCCAAACCUCCAACACCUGUCCCUGGCGCCCUUGACGCCCAAAUACCCCAUCGAUCCGGCCGAUUAUGCCGCCUACUUCAACCCCGAGACCUCAGAGCUGCACACAUCCGCAUCUAUCUCUCACGUCGCGAGCUUGCCGUCUCCUGGAGGCAUUCUGUCGAGGAGCGGUUCUGCGGCGCAGUCGCGGGCGCAGUCGCGGGCCAGUUCCCGGACGCGAUUGAACCAGAAAAAGAAGAAUCGAUCCUUCGUGACGAUCCAGGCGCCUCUACCUCUCACCGAUGCGACCACGGGCGUCGUGCUGCCAUCCGGGGCGCUGACGAGCGAAGGGCUCGGCCACAAAUCUAUCUCGCGUCUCUCCGCCACCACAAACCUGUCACCACAGCAGACGCAUAACCCCGCCGAGCACUCGAGCGGCCGAUCCUUUCACACCUCCGAUUCCUCGUGGUUCAUCCAGACGGGCCUUAGCUUGACCGAAGGCUCAAGAGAAUCAAAGGGUCAAUCUUGGAUAUCCAAACGCGACUCAUCCACCACCCUGGCCACACCGAUCGACGAACGACCGUCCAUGGGGUUCAGAUCUGGACGGGCAACCCCGAGCGGCAAUCUCAGCCGACGAGGCAGUUUCCAGCGACGCAGCAAGAGAUCCUUGGCCAUGACCCCUGUCCCGGCCACGACGCCGAUGGUAGAGAUGGACACCGGGCCGGACUGGGCGGACGAGCAGACGCAAGCGGAGAUCGCGGCACAGAUGGACGCCGAGUUCUCGGACGAACUGGACGACGGCGAUCCAUACGGCAUGCUGGAUUUCGAUGCUCAAUUCGACAGCGAUGACGAGGAGGAACUACGGAAAUCCAUCAACGGGUACCGGCUGGGCAGGUGGAUGGACGGGCUUGUGGAUGUUUUCUUGCGGCUGGAAGAUGACUUUUCCACGCCCCAAGUCGACCUGGAGGCUGCGAAGACGAAAGCCCAAUCCGACCCUGCAGCAGCAUCUCCUGCACCGCCGCCUGCGAAGGACGCCGAUCACCCUCCUGGUCCUACUGUGCGGUUCGACGAUUCCGUGGAACCGCCCCCAGAGCGUCCCCAGGGCGUGUGGGACGACGUCGCCUGGUUUGGUCGGAUGCUAGCGAGGACUGUGCGAUCAUAG